CUGCUUUUGGAGAGUGGCGGGAAGGCCUGACCUCACUCCCAUGUUGCCCGGUGCGUUUGUGGCACGACCAUGGGGAAAGAAACAGUGCCACUUAUCGAGAAGAAUCUGCUGGAUCUGAAAGUAAAAGAGGUUCCUCCCUGGACUAUACAGAGACUAUUAUCCCCAAUGUCUAUUUUUCAUGCUAUCUGCAGAUGCCAUGAUUCUUACUACAAACAUUACAUCGAUGUGAAAAAGGGUGGCCUUGGUGGCAUUUCAAUGUUCCUGAUGGGUUAUGUUGUGAUCAGCUACAUUUGGGGAUUCAGCCACAUUAAGCAGGAUCGCUGGAGAAAGUACCACUAAAUGACUGCAAUAACAUUACAGCUCGAAGUAAUGAUAGAAGCUGACAAACGUCUCUGCUGGACCUGUUGUUAUUGAAUGGUUACUUUGUUCAUGCAUUUUUUACACCAGUUGGUUAUAAGUAAAACUCAUUGCUUACCCAUUUGUUAUAUUA